AUACACCAAAAACAACUAUUAAAAGAGUGUUAUCAAAAUCAGCAGACCAAGUCUUAACAGAACAUUGGAAUUGCAUCGACCAACUAGAAGAACCAGUAAUUAUUCUAGAAAGAUGUGAAGGUUGUGAUAUAAAUGAUAGUAAAGACAAAGAAAAUUGUAAAAUUUAUAAGGAAAAGAGAGAAAAGAUUGUUGCUAUUAAAAGAAAGUAUGAUAGAGACUAA